ACAUGGCCUUCACCGAGAGUGUCAUCGCCGCGACGGGGCCAAAUGCGCACCGGCGUCUGGCUGAAGUCAUGCCCAGCCUCGUCCGCCAUCUUCACGCAUUUGCGCGCGAGGUCAACCUGACAGUUGCAGAAUGGACGGCGGCCGUUGAAUUUGUGAGCAGAAGUGCACGCUGGCUCGCCGCCGGCUAUUGGAGGGAGCUAAGCCCCAGCGCCAGAGGCUGACAAAACGUGUCCGCUUCACACACAGAUCAACGAGUGCGGGCGGAUGUCCGAUGACCGGCGCAACGAGACACAGCUGCUGUGCGAUGUGGUAGGGCUCGAAAGUCUGGUCGACGAGAUCACGUCCAGGUUGUUGGCAUCGUCCGACUCGGAAACCCCCUCGGCCAUCCUGGGUCCCUUUUACCGCCAGAACGCACCACUCCUCCCGAACGGCAGCUCCAUUGUGCAGAACCUCGACCCGUCCGUGCCGUGGUAUGAAAAGGCAGUUGCGGAUUCGGCCUUCGUGACGGGACGCGUGCUGUCGAGCUCGGGCGACCCCAUCCAGGGAGCCAUCCUGGACGUUUGGCACGCGGCACCGAAUGGCUUGUACGAGCAGCAGGACGAGUCGCAGCCGGACAUGAAUCUCCGCGGUCGCUUCGAGACCGACGCCGACGGCCGCUACGCCUUGUACGCGCUGCGGCCGGCUCCGUACCCGAUACCCGAUGACGGCCCCGCAGGGCGACUUUUGGCCUUGUUGGACCGGCACCCCUACAGGCCGGGCCAUAUUCAUUUCAUCGUGUCCGCGCCGGGCUUCCGAACGCUGACGACGCAGAUAUACGACGACCGCGACGAAUACGUUGCGAAGGAUGCCGUGUUCGCUGUGAAGGAUGAACUCGUGGUCAAAUUUGCACCGCGGGAGGGGGAUCCAAACGCGCGGUGGUCAUUGGAGUAUGAUUUCGUGCUUGGCCGGGACCGCGCUCCGCAGGUGCAAGUUAAUGGGGGGAGUGAGUCGCAGCAGUGAUAUUCGAUCAGGCCUCGGUAGUAAAUAACUGAGAUUCGUCGUUCUCGUUCCCAUGGCGCUUCUCCUCCCACGUUGUUGCGUCAAGCCACGAAUGCCGCCCGAAGCUGGUGAAA